AUGCCGAGAGAAGUGUUGAGGAUCGAGCAUCUAGAACCUGUGUCGGCCCCUCCUGAAACAAGAAACGAGCAUCUCAGGCCCUGUUAUCCUCGACCCCCAGUCAUGGGGAUUCCUUAUAUGCGUGCACCUAGGAUGACUUAUCAGGAGCGACGUAGCAUGGAAGUCAUGGCUUGGGAUCUGCAUGACGCCGUAGUAGGAUUGCUUAUCAUCAUCACAACAUUACUGUCAUGUAAGAGGUGGUGGAUGCGAGGUGUGAUUAUGCAUACACCGUCAGGAGGAUGA